GAAUCAUUUAAAUUUAAAAAAUUUAAAUCAAAUUAAAAAAGAAAAGAGGAAAACCCUAGCUUUCUCCGUCUCUCUCUCUCUCUCUAACCUUGAGAAAGUCUCGAGACUUUUUGAGAGUCGAACCUCGAAAUAUGUACAAGGAACGCAGUGGUGGAUCGUCGAGAUCGGAGAUCCUCGGCGGAGCAGUUGACCGGAAACGAAUCAACGACGCACUCACCAAGAAGCUAGAGAAAUCUUCACCUUCCACCUCUAGAGCUUUCGCUUCCACUGCUGCUAAACCUCAGCUUCCGGAUGUGGAGUCUGAAACGGACAGUGAAGAAGGUUCGGAUGUGAGUGGAUCGGAGGGUGAUGAAGAGACAUCGUGGAUCUCGUGGUUUUGCAACUUGAGAGGGAAUGAUUUCUUCUGCGAAGUGGAUGAGGAUUAUAUACAAGAUGAUUUCAAUCUUUGUGGGUUAAGUGGUCAAGUUCCUUACUAUGAUUACGCGCUUGAUCUCAUUCUGGAUGUCGAGUCUUCAAACAGCGAGAUGUUUACUGAAGAACAGAAUGAACUUGUGGAAUCAGCUGCUGAGAUGCUGUAUGGUCUUAUUCAUGUCCGUUACAUUUUGACUACUAAAGGAAUGGCUGCAAUGACUGAGAAGUACAAGAACUGUGACUUCGGGAGGUGUCCGAGAGUGUUCUGUUGCGGACAGUCUUGUCUUCCUGUUGGACAGUCUGAUAUCCCGAGAUCGAGUACUGUGAAGAUAUACUGCCCCAAAUGCGAAGAUAUUUCUUACCCGCGAUCUAAGUUCCAAGGCAAUAUUGAUGGGGCUUACUUUGGAACCACGUUCCCUCACUUGUUCUUGAUGACAUAUGGGAACUUGAAGCCGCAGAAACCGACUCAGAAGUAUGUUCCAAGGAUAUUUGGGUUUAAGGUACACAAACCAUGAUAAACACACUACAAGUGUAUGAUAGAUACAUCUAGUGGCUUAGUUUUUGCAUCCGGGUGUGAGCAAAUUUGAAACGGUAGUUGCGAUUCAAGUGGAGGCACACACCAUUCAGUCACUGGAAUCUGGAAAGAAUCUCACCAAGUACCAAGAAAACUCAUCGCAACAGCCUGGCUCGUUGGGGGAGAAGACAGACACCAAUCAAUAUGUACUCCGACAAUAUUUUUCCCCAGUUAGUUAGAUUUUUUUGUUUUCCUUGUUGUUUGUGUUCUCAGCUUAUUUGGUUAUUUUUAAAACUCAGAAAUUGUUGAAUUCAGUUGUAGCUUCUGAAACUUACAUUCAGUUGGUGUACACUUAUUGGAAGAGAGACGAUUCUAAAUGA